AUAUGACGUCACUUCCGCUCCUGCCAUUUUGCUGCUGAGGGUCGCCUUUCCAUUGUGGCAGCUGAUCGAGGGCGGUUGCGCUUAUGUAUUAAACGUAGAUGAGAAUAUAAUUUGUAAGAAAGAUUCUAGUUUGAACACGGCAGAUAACGCAGGAUGUCGGAUUUCGACAGCAACCCAUUCGCAGACCCGGACUUUAGCAAUCCCUUCCAGGAUCCCUCAGUGACUCAAGUAACACGGAAUGUCCCCCAGAGUUUGGAAGAAUACAACCCUUUCACAGAUGCCAGAACGGCUCCACCAAGCACAGCCCCAAGAGUGCCACCGACAGCGAGCACGCAGCCUGCCAUCAUGAAGCCGACAGAGGAGCCUCCGGCCUACUCCCAGCAGCAGCAGUCACAGGAUCAGGCCCGCGCUCAGGCGGAGCUGCUGCGGAGGCAGGAAGAGCUGGAGAAGAAGGCAGCCGAACUGGACCGGCGAGAGAGAGAGAUGCAGUCCCUCAGUGCAUCAGGAAGGAAAAACAACUGGCCUCCUCUUCCAGAGAACUUCCCAGUUGGCCCCUGUUUUUACCACGAUAUUGCCGUAGACAUACCUGUAGAGUUUCAAAAGACCGUCAAGAUAAUGUACUACCUAUGGAUGUUCCACACGGCGACGCUGUUUGUGAACAUCUUUGGCUGCCUGGCCUGGUUCUGCGUGGACAGCGCACGGGGAGUGGACUUCGGACUGUCAAUGCUCUGGUUCAUGCUCUUCACGCCUUGUUCCUUUGUCUGCUGGUACAGGCCGCUGUACGGAGCCUUCAGGAGUGACAGUUCCUUCAGGUUCUUUGUGUUCUUCUUUGUAUAUAUCUGCCAGUUUGGCGUCCAUGUGCUGCAGGCCAUCGGAAUUACAGGCUGGGGAGCGAGUGGCUGGAUCUCAGCCCUCACUGGUCUGAACACCAGCAUCUCUGUGGGCAUCAUGAUGAUCCUCAUCGCAGCACUUUUCACCGCCUCCGCCGUUGUCUCACUGAUCAUGUUUAAAAAGGUCCACGGUCUAUACCGUACCACCGGCGCCAGCUUUGAGAAGGCCCAGCAGGAGUUUGCCACGGGCGUCAUGGCUAACAAGACCGUGCAGACAGCAGCUGCCAACGCUGCUUCCAGUGCGGCCCGAGGAGCGUUCAAGGGAGGUCAAAUCUGAGUGACCUCUGGGUCCCUGCUGCAAUCUCCCUAGACCUCGGUGAGCAGACCCACACCACACCAACCCAGGCUGUGUGGAGACUUCACUGAACCCUAACGCUUAAUAAACACUCCCCUUUGGAGGGGAGGAACAACUCUGAUCCCACCCCUUCCAUGUCAUUCAGCAUGUCUUUAUGAUUGAGCCCCAAUAUUUUCAAACUUGGUAAAUGAGCUAAGAAAACUAAGCGCGAAAGCUUGUCACUUUAAGUCGCAUCUGUAGUGGUCCUAAUUAGUAUUUUCACCCACAGUUGGUUAUAUAACAUGACGAGUGGUGGUACGUGGAUUGGGCUGGCUUAUCUUGCCAUACUGGAAGGAUAUCAGUGUGUGUUUAUAAACUCUGGAGGUAUUUGUACCAUUUCAUUCAUCCUAGUACAUUUCAAAAAUCUCAAAUGGCUAUAGGACCUGGAUGGAAAAUCAGAAGAGGCCACUUUAAUGUUAAUGUUGGCCAGUCAGCUGACUAGUUUACCAGGCUUUGCAUAAAUUGCAUUAGAAUGGCUUGAUAAACUAAAAUGUUAAGAGAACUGCAGGUUGAGUCAGCCCUUCUGCUUGUGGACAUGCUGGGUAAUCCCAUAAUGCUGUUUUGGGUGUGUGUGUGUGAGUGCGUGUGUGUGUGUCAGUGUUCUCACCGCAAUUUAGAAGUUGGAGCAGGCACAGGGAAGGCAGAUGGCAUCCUGCAUCAUGUUUUGUGCCACCAUUUCUCAUCUUUUUUUAUUUUUUUUAUUUUUAUUUUUAAUGUUAGCCAAAUGUUUAGCAUUAACCUAAUGUUUACAUGACAGAUGUCUGUUACGGGAGUAGCUAAUAAGGCUAAUAUAUUGCAAUGGAGACUCUCAUCCUGAUGUUCUGUGACGGUGGCCCAGCCGCAGGAGCCUGGCCUAUACCGUAACGUGCUUUUCUUCCAUUGCACAGCUGCCCGCUUGCCAAGGGAAUGUUGAAUUUGUUUGCUGGCUGAAAAGUGAUUGCUGGUCCUCACUGCGCUUGUCAGGCACUUGCCUCCUUGCUAACAGCCCCUGGUUGACCAGGUAUUAUUUCUGCAAAUAAAUGACAACAGUCAGAUUUAAUUGCAGAAGUAUAGUAGUCUGCUUCUAAGAGGAACAUUUCUGUGGAGCGUUUAUUAAAAACACAAGCCCCCCCCCCCUUUUUUUUUGGUUAUGGCAAACACACAUUGCUUCAGAAUCCAGAGUUCAUGCUUUAAGGCUGCAUCAGAAAAACAAUUGUGCUGUCUAUCAAGCUUGCAGGACUACACUUCACAGGAGUCCCUCUACAUCGACACCUACUGGCUACAUCGUGGUCAUUGUUGGAAUAAUUUUAAUUGGCUGAAAUGGUGUGCAUGUUUAUGUAAGAAUACUCUUUCUUCCAGGAAUAAUGCCCCACCUAAUGCAAGUAAGAGCAAAAUGUGUUUGUUGGUAUAUUAAAAAUCAUUAUGGCUUUAGUCUAUUUGCAAAACUGAACCCAUUUAUUGUAGUAACAGAUCCUAGAUUUAAAACAGUGGUUUAAGGCGAAGCGAUUUCCCUCUCAAUAUACUGCUUCAGCUGUGAUCUUUCCCUUCAGAUGGGCCCCUGAUGGGAAGACCCUGUAAAUAUUUGUGUGGUGCUUCCCCUGCAGUCAUUCUGAAACCCACAAUUCACUAUUUGAAAUCCUGUGUGCUCUGAUUUGCCAGAUGGUUUUGUGUCGAUGCACUUCAUUGGUGAAAAUGAUUAUCAUGUUUCUAGGAUCCUAAAGUCAGUCUGGCUGGGUUCUAAUGAUCAUCCUCCCACUGACACCUGUCAUAUGACUUAGUGUCUGUGUACUUGGAAAUAGGCAUCGUUCAUCGUACUCUACAUGUCUAACGAGUGGGUGAGACUGUUAUUUGGUUCUGUGCCCACCCGUGCCCAAAUAUAAAGUUUGUACUGAUUGCAUUAAUGAAAUAAAACGCCAGCCUUUUCAUAAUGAACAUAAAUUCAAAGGUAUUUAAAACCAGGAAUGCUCAGGACAUGUACAUUAAACGCAUGAGAAAAUGUCUAACAUAGUCCCCCGAACUUGGGUGAUCUGCACGACUGAAUAAAUAUUCGCUGCCAAGUUUUUUAGAAAAGGUUUCAGAAGUGAUAAUUAUGACUGCUGUCCAAACUGCUUAAUGUUCUUACUGGGCAGUGAAAUCAAAUGUCAGGAGAGUUUGGUUUAUUUAAUUUAUUUAAGGGUAGGUAAAUAUUUCAUGGCUGACAUAUGAGUGAGGGGGGAAAUAGCCAUUUCAUGCUGUUUUGUAUAUGUGUGUUUUCUUAUUUUUAUUUUUUUAAUUGUAGUAUUUGAUAACUUGAUUAACUGGGCAGUGGGGGAGGCUAAGAUUAUUUUAACUCAGUAUUUUUGCUUGUUUUUCUUUUUUCCUUCCGUCAGCUCCAUAUGCUUACCUCCCCCAGGAUCUUACUUGUAGAGCAGCAACUUAAUAUCUUACUAUACCUUAAUAUCCAGAUCCUCUGGCUGUCAUCGUCAUUACAGUAGAGUUUCUGAAAGUCAUGCAGUGUGGUCAUUGUUAGAACAGAGGCUUGGUAUUCGGUGUCAUUAGCUCACUUAAGUGUGAGAAUUAAAAUGAAAUAUUCUUCAAAAAUGAAUUACAAUGUGAGACUGUUUGGGUUAGUACAGUUUCAGCUCUGUAAACUGCAGAAGCUCCCCUUCACAUUUGAUUAUUUUACAGAUUUCUCUGUCCUGGAUUUCUCUGCUUGUCUGUCUGCUAUACUGCCGUAAAUCUUGUUUAAAAAAUUCCAACAAUGUACAUUGAUGUUCCUUUUUCCCCACGUUUUUUAUAAUUGCUCAUUUGAAAAUUUAACUGGAAAUUCCAUUAUGUGUGAGGAUUUAAUUUUCUGUCUCAUCAUUGCUUCUAGUUUUACUUAAUUUUAACUAAUAAUGUGUGUAGUGGAACAGCACUGAAAGUACCAAUGGUUGUAAUGCGGAUUAUGGUGUUGUCAUUUACCAGUGGACUAAGGGAUGUUUGUAUAUUUUGUAAAUUUGGCAGUGUCCUGUACAAAUGCACUCUUGUCUCUUUCCCUCUCGCAUGUUGAGUAGUUUAAGUUUUGUAUAUGUAUUUAACACUAAAUAAAAUGCAACUACUUCACUCAAAAA